AUGCAUAAUUUUGAGGAAGAACUAACAUGCUCCAUAUGUUGUAGCAUAUUUGAGGAUCCUCGAGUACUGCCAUGCUCCCAUACAUUUUGCAGAAGUUGUUUGGAAAAUGUUCUUCAGGCAUCUGGAUACUUCUACAUGCAGAGAGGCAUGGGAACUCCACUGACAUGUCCUAAUUGCAGGAGUGUAAUUGAAAUCCCUCCCCCUGGCAUUGAAUCUUUGCCCAUCAAUUUUGCCCUGAGGGCUAUUAUUGAAAAAUACCAGCAGGAAGAGCACCCAGAUGUCAUCAUGUGCCCCAAGCACUCCAGCCAGCCACUCAACAUCUACUGCCUGCAGGAUUGCCAGCCGGUGUGUGGCCACUGCCUUACCAUUGGCCAGCACCGCGGGCACCCCAUUGAAGACAUUCUCAGUGCCUACAUGAAAGUAAAGGAUGAGCCCCACAAACUCUUCAAGCAGUUGACUGAUGAUCAAUGGGAAGAUUUCUGGUUGCUCAUUGAAAAGUUAAAGGAGCAGAAAUCCCAUGUGGAGCAAAUCAUACAAAUUGAGAAAGAAAACGUCCACCAGUAUUUUAAGGAGCUUAAUGAUAUCUUGGAACUGAAAAAAGAUGCUUUACUAUCUGCCUUGGAUGAUGUUGGGAAGGCAUUCAAUGAAGAAUACAUUCCACAAAUAGAAAGAAUGACAGAAAUAAGAGUGGAGCAAAUUGAAUUAAAGGGAUUGACUGCCAUGUUGACAGAGGAGGAAUCACCAGUUAAGUUCCUUGAAAAAAUAGGUAAUAUUCGUCAGCGGGUGCAGGCACUAAAACAAAGAGAGCUGCCCGGCGUUCAAAAUUUUGAGAUUUGUCCCCAUGUUGACACCGUCCUGAAGGAAGAGUGGGCCAGAAAUGAAAUCAGUCAAAUAAAAAACCUUGUGGUUCCAGAAAUAAAGCUCUCCUCCCAAAUGAUGCAAAGCAUCCCCUCCAAGGAGGAGAAGGAGAAGGAAAAAGAAAAGAAAGUGGAGUUUGCAAAGAUUUUCAGCAUUUUUAUACUGACAGGCAUUUCAGUGAUGUUGAUGUUAAUAUUUUUGUUUAACAGACACUAG